AUGGCUUAUACAGAGGAUGAAGAAGUGAAGCAGGCAAUGCUGAGAUUCAUGGAGAAACUUGAACCAAAGAAUACACCAAGAGAUGUGAACUGGGGUUGGAACUUAUCGUCAGAUCCUUGCAUUGACGAAUGGUAUGGGGUUCAAUGUUAUUCCGGAGCGAAGUUUGUGAGGAAUAUAGUUCUUGAGGAUUCUGGUUUCACGGGGACUUUAGACGCUGCUUCUCUCUGCACAUUACAGCUUCUUCAAGGCCUUAGCUUGAAGAACAACAACUUACACGGCGUCAUACCAGAAGAAAUAGGAAUGUGCAAAACAUUGAGUCUUUUGUAUUUAAGUGGCAACAACUUCUCCGGCGACCUUCCUCUUUCUAUUUCACUCUUAGGUAAUCUGAAAAGGAUCGAUGUUUCAGAUAACAACUUCUCCGGAGAGCUUCCUGAUAUGAGUCAUAUUACCGGCUUACUAUCUUUUCAAGCCCAGAAUAACGAAUUCACAGGGGAAAUUCCCAACUUCGUUUUCUCCAACCUGCAGGAGUUCAAUGUCUCCAACAACAAUUUACAGGGUCCAAUUUCCGACGUGAUAAGCUUGUUUGGGCAGACAGUUUAUCUGAUUGUUAAGUGUUACAGAGCCAAAAAGGAGCCAUUGAAUGCUGAGGAGAAGGAAGUAACAGAGGAAGCUAGCAAGGAAAAGACACGAGAGACUCCCAGUGAAGUGAAUGGGAUUGUAACGAGAUCAGAAUAUUCAUUGUCAUCUAUUGAAACAGGGGUGGUCUCAUCAAAUCUGGUUGUUCUUUUGAGUCCAGUGGUGAGGACACUGAAAUUUGAGGACUUGCUAAGAGCUCCUGCAGAAUUGGUAGGCAGAGGCAAGCAUGGAAGCCUGUACAAAGUGAUGCUGGACAGUGGGGUGGUUUUAGCAGCGAAGAGAAUCAACGAUUUAGGAAUUUCAAAACAGGAUUUUGAAAGGAGGAUGCACAAGCUAAACCAAGUGAAGCAUCCCUGUGUACUGCCUCUUCUUGCAUUUUAUUGCUCCCUGCAAGAAAAACUUUUGGUGUACGAGUUUCUGCAUAAUGGCAGCCUCUUCAAGAUGCUACGUGGAUCUCAAAGUGGCAAAACUUUUGACUGGGGAAGCAGACUGAACGUUGCAGCCAACAUAGCCGAAGCCUUAGCCUACAUGCACGAGGAGCUUCGUGAAAGUGGGAUAGCUCACGGCAACUUGAAAUCCAGCAACAUAUUGUUCGACAAGAACAUGGAUCCAUGCUUAAGCGAAUAUGGAUUAAUGGUGGUUGAAAAUCAAGAUAAAUCUGUCUUUUAUGGGGACAAAAGCAGCAUGAAGAACAAAAACAGCAGAAAUCCCAGUGGUGGUGCUGGAGCUGAAGCUUAUAGCACCUUUAAGGUGGACACAUAUGCGUUUGGAGUUGUUCUUCUUGAACUUUUGACAGGAAAAGUGGUUCAGAAUAAUAAUAAUAAUGGGUUUGAUCUGGUUCGAUGGGUUAACUCAGUGGUGAGAGAGGAAUGGACAGUGGAAGUAUUUGACAAGUGUUUGGUGACAGAAGAAGCUAAUGAAGAGAGGAUGGUGAAUUUGUUGCAGAUAGCAUUGAAAUGCGUGAGUGCUUAUCCGAAUGAGAGACCAAGUAUGAGUGAAGUUGCAGUAAUGACGAUUUCUUUGAAAGAGGAACAAGACAGAUCCAUAACCUUUAAUCCCUAA